AUGCACGUGAAAUAUGGUUUGCGUUAUGUGGUUCCGACCAAAUGCACAAUCCACAAAGCUGCACGUUCUCUUGCACCCCAAGGUCCUUUUUCCGACUACCAAACACCAAAUGUGGACUUGGAAUAUUUUCUGCGCAAAUUUCAGAAAUCCGAUAUACAAAAACUGACAAAUAUUGAUCACACACACGGACAGUGUUUAGGUCGUGUACCCAGACCGGAACCUAAAUUCCAUGCUGAACAGAUGAAAAAUUGGAAGGUUGACUGUGUCAAACAGAAACAUGUGGCACUGAUAGACGUGUUUUAG